AUGCUCGACUACACAAACUUCGAGCGGGUCUUUGGCCUCUUGAGCCCGUACCCAUAUAACCGUACCUUCAUCCAAGAGGCAGAGAGUUAUCGCCGAAGCUUUGAAGGGGCAUUGUUCAUCGAUAAUAUCCUCGCAGCCCUGGGCCUUUCCAAAGCUCGUUCACUCUACCCACCCAAGUCCGAGUCCGCCCUCCAACAGCUCCACCAACAGAUCGCAGCCUCCACCAACAUCGCAACACAUCACAAGUUGUCCAUUCUGUACUAUCUCCUGCUGGACGUCGAUGAUCUAGCACCCUCGAGGACCAGCCGCACCACCGUCCCCAAGGCCGACCAGUUCGCCAAUCGCUCCGGACUGCCCUCCAAAUACCAGCUCCUCAUCCAGGGACUGUGGUACUUUGACCGCCAGUCCUUCCCCAUGGGCCUGGAAUACUUGACCCACCCGAGCCUGACCCCCGAGUUUGCCGACGACAUCAUCACUAUUCUCGCCCAACAGGCGACCAAGGAUGGCGACUACACUCUGCCCUUGUCAUACUGGCACACAGUCCAGCCCGUCCUCAAGACCGAGAAGGCUGUAGAGCUACUGUUCGAGGCACUCGUCCGGAGCGACGUCGGAGAGGCCUUGCGCUUCUCGCGAACCAAACCAGACGCACAUCGGGAGGGUCUGUUUCGAAGACUCAUUGUCGGCGUGCUUGAUGGCAGCCGCGACGAGGACAGUGCUGAGCGAGCUGGCGAAUUAGCUAGCCUGCCCUUCCAAGAGCAGGAAGAAGAAUGGUUCAGAGAUUGCUUAAGCAGCAGCGAGGGCAAGAGACUCAGGGUCUCCAAGGAUACCCUCUUGAUGCGCCGCAUUGCCCUUGGAGAGCCCGUGUCAAUUGCUGGUGAAAAGGGCACCUGGGGGGUCGUCAUGGAGGCAUUCAAGGUCGGCAGCGGUGGCCGUGCUUAA